UUAACCGGAGUGCUUUCGAUGUGCGACCGAGGGCGAGUUAAGAUGGCAGCGGCUAUGAUACAAAUGUCAUGUUUGUAUCGUGGGUUGUUGGCUGUCAGGACAGCUGGAAUCCGACCUCUAAUUCCAGGUGUGGUAUCUUGUCACCUGCGCGCCUUUUCGAUGAAGAAAGAGUCGGAAGUGUUGGAAAAUAAUCCCUAUUACAAUAAAUAUCAAGCGAAGAUAAACCAACUUCGGAGAGCCAAGCCUGACGAGUAUGAGGCUCGACUGGAGAGGAAGGGAGAGACGAAGAGGGAACCGCUUGGGCACUCCAAACAGGCGGAGUUCAUAAAAGUCAUGGAGAAGGAGUUGGAAAAAAGGCAACACACUGACGGCACCAGCGGAUUUACCAAGGACAAGACUCUCGGGUCGAUCCUCAAUAUUGACAUGGUCCAGGAUAUGUCAGGAGAGGAAGUGGGCAAGCUGUGGAUGCAGUACUUUUCUGCGAAAGACACCAUCAGUGCAGUCAUACCAGGGGAGAUAUUUGAACUCAUGUUCAGCAGAACCAAGUCCUGCCCCACGUUCCUGUACGCCUUGCCGCAGAAUGAGGGCUAUGAGUUCUUCUUGGGUCAGUGGUCUGGCCUGGAGCUCCAUUUCACCUCUCUCAUCAACGUCCAGACUAUGGGACAACACGCUCCCAGCCAGCUGAUUCUGUACCACUACCCCGACCUGCAGAAGGAGAAAGGCAUUGUCCUCAUGACUGCGGAGAUGGACCCCAAGUUCAUAACGGUUCACCUGGCCCAGUGCUUGGCCAAUCAGGUUCAGCUUUUCUACGGGACGCACCGUCAGGAGACCUUCCGAUUGGUGGAGACCUUCAACCACGAACCGGCAGACUUCAAACACAUGUUGGUGAUCGCAGAGCUGGAGCAGAGCGGUAUUGGUCCGGAAGUGUCCCCGGCACUCUCCUAGUCCAGCGAGGACCGAGGCAUCAGGAACGCUGCUCUAACACUGAACUUUAAAACGGUGGAGUUGCAGAAGCUUGUUCCAAUCAAUAUCAGUGGCUCAAAGCUGGUGUUCCACUCGUCCUUUGGACAUUAGGUAUCCGUCUGUUGUCAGACUGAGCAGGUGAAUGACGGGAAGAUGCGUCCGCCAUCUUGAUCCCUCAGAUUCUCUACUUCAUGGCAAGUUGGUAUGAUGAACUUUCAAAAUGGACUCUGAAAACUCUUGGUCUCAGCAAACGUUUAUGAACGUGUAAAAUAAAUGUACGUUUUAGAUGUA